AUGGCCUUACAAGUGUACCAGCGGUAUGAAAUUGUCUUUUUAUCUCAACAUCCGCUAGGACCGAAGCUCAGCCAUAUGGCUGUAGCGAAGGCAGUUCAUUGUGACGAAAAGACGGUGAAGCGUUGGCUCAAGGGGUGGAAGCAAUCAAAAGAUUUGACCGAUGCAGCUCGAUCUGGACGAUCACGUGUAACAACUCCAAAACAGGAUCAAAAAAUUGUUGCACUUGCUGAACANAUUUAUGUCGUAAAUAUUUAUUCUUUUAAUUCAUAA